AUGGCUUGUUCAUCAUCAAGUAAGGUUAUUAUGGAGAAAGAGGAGAGGUCACAUGUUUUGGCUGUUGAUGACAAUUUGGUUGAUAGAAAACUCAUUGAAAGUCUUCUUACCAAAUCUAGAUGCACAGCAUUGAAUCCUACUGCAAUUAAUAGUUACUUGUCGGGUAUUGAAGCUUUGAGUGGAACCAAUUUUAAGAAAUGCAAGGAACAAAUUGGAAUUGUUUUGGGAAUUAUGGAUUUAGACUAUGCAUUAAGAGAGCCAGUAGCUACAAAGCCUAAUGAUAUGAGUUCUAAGGAACACAUGGAUUUAUAUGAAAAAUGGGAACACUCUAAUUGCUUAAGUCUAAUGAUUAUGAAAGGCUCAAUUAUGCUUGCAAUUCAAGGAGCACUCCCUAUUUUUGAAAGUGUAGUGAGCUAUAUGAAAUCUAUAGAAGAACAAUUCAUUGGAACUUCCAAAUCCCUUGCUACUACUCUCAUGAUUAAAAUGAUGACAAUGAAAUAUAAUGGUUUGAGUGGUGUUCGUGAACAUAUCUUAUAG